CGCACCUUCUCCCUCCUCUCUCGCCUCUCCUCCCACCGCCGCCGCCGCUCGCCGUAGUCCGCGGCGAAGCCGCCGGCGAGGCCAGUCACCGCCUUCCUCGAUCCUCGCAAUCCGCCGCGCGCCGUACGCUGCAGGUUAUUAGUUUAUUAGUGGAAGACAAUUUCCUAGCUCAUCUUGUAAACCACAGCCUCUCCUCACAAAUAUUCAAAUAGUCUUCGCUCUUGAGUGGACAUUGAAUCAAUCACCAUGGAGCCCCCAACAAACAUCACCGACACAACAUCUGCAGUCCACCUGUUAAAAAUAAAUGGAUAUUCAGUAACCAAAGCACUCAGUUGUUCAGAGUACAUCUCAUCUAGGAGAUUGGCUGCAGGUGGAUUUGAUUGGGAAGUCCUCUACUACCCACGCUACUACGAGCAUGGCGUGUACUGGGUAGCACUUAGGCUCAUGUUUAUGAGCAAGAAAUGUAAGCAUGAGGUGAAGGCAGCCCUUAAGUGUCAGUUAGUAGAUGAGGCACAAAUGUACCUGCCAUCAUCAGGAAGUAAGAGUGUAUCCUCUAAGUACACAGGGCAGAGAGAUUGUGGGCCAGCACUCCUGCUUGUGAAACAGGAUGAUUUGCCAGAAUCCAUUUAUUUCAGAGGAGAUUCCUUCGUUGUGGAAUGCACCAUCACUGUGCUAAGAGAGCCACAGGAAGCUGUGGCUAAUACUGCCUCUCCAAGUGUUGCCAAUCCAUGCUGUCACUUGCACCUGCAACUCGGUGAGCUCCUGCUGAGUGAAAAGGGCGCAGAUGUCACGUUUGCUGUUGCAGGUGAAUCUUUCUUGGCACACAAGAUCAUCCUCGCAGCUAGGUCCCCUGUGUUCAUGGCCGAGUUCUUUGGACCCAUGAGGGAGAGCAGCUCACGGUGCGUCGAGAUCAAGGACAUGGAGGCGCCCGUCUUCAGGGCCAUGCUUCGUUUCAUCUACACCGGCACAUCGCCGGAGCUUGAUCAGCAGCAGGACAUCACAACGACAAUGGCGCAGCAUCUGCUUGUUGCUGCAGACAGGUAUGGAUUGGAUCGGCUCAAACUGAUCUGCCAAGAGAGGCUCCACAGUGACAUCAACGUGGACACUGCCGCGGCGACUUUGGCCUUCGCGGAGCAGCACAGCUGCUCGCAGCUGAAGGACAGGUGCGUCGAGUUCGUCAUCUCUUCUCGUGCCAACCUUGAUGCUGUCAUGGCAACCGAGGGCUAUAGGCUUGUCAUCGCGAGCUGCCCGUCGGUCCUGGAUACUCUUCUCAGGGCAGCGGUUGGGAGAUAGAAAGUAGUUUUUGUGUGCUAAAUAGCAGAUGAUUUAUGGUUCUCUUAUAUAUGAUUGUGAUUUAUGAAUCCCUAUUGAUGUAAUAGAAUAUGUGUUUAGAUCUGUACCCCUCAAGAAAAAAGUGCACAGAUUUUAAAGAAGAUGUGUUCACCUCUACACGUAGUUUAUGUAUGAGUAAUAGGGGAAAGAAAAUGUAUAUGCUAAUCUCACAUUUCUAGCAUAAAUAAUACUUGUUACAUUUUCCUUAAAGGCAUGCUGUAUUGGGUUACU